CAACCUUGCAAAUUCCGAAUCAGCAUAUGUGUGCAAAAUAUGUCAACCUAAUGUCCCAUUCACCAAGAAGGACCACCUCGUCCGUCACCUCAAAAAUAAAAAUAUUCAUCCCGACGUGUCCCAUGAUGCUUUUCCAGGCUUGAAACCUUUGCUGUCAGGGAAGUUUGCGUGCAAAUUAUGUGGCACGAAAUUCGCGAGAGAUCAAGAUCUCCUUCGACACUUGCGAUACAUCCCGAUAUUUCCGAUGACGGUUCGGCCGCAUCAAAAGGAACAGAGCGAAAGCCCUGUUCCUGUCCCACGUGUGGGAAAACCUUUGCCACAUCAGCAAACCAGCAGCGUCACGUGGAACUGAUCCAUUUCCCGGACAAGACGUCCUGUCCGUACGGAUGCGAAACCCAGAUUGACUCGGAGGCUGACUGGGUGACGCAUUUGGAGGGGUGUGACUCCCCAAAAAUGAGAACAGAAUCGCAAUCGGUUUGCCCAUAUUGCCCCCGCGUAUUUCGUAACGUUUUCCUCAAGAUGGAACAUCGCCUGCGCAUCCAUCCCGCAAACACGUACUCGUGUUCCACCUGUGGGCGAAUAUUUACCCGCAAAGCUGUCCUGGAUCAUCACCUUUGCACCAUAACGUCGGAAAUUAACCAUUUAAAUUCCAAAGCCGAGUCAAAAUACGUGUGCACCUUCUGCACACCAAAUGUCACUUUUUCCGCGGCCAAGAACUACAUGGUGCACAUGCGAAACAAGAAUAUUCACCCGGACAUUGCCGCUGCUCAUGUUUCCGAGUCCAAAAAAUUUUCCUGCAAAAUAUGUGGUGUAAAAUUCUCGAGAAAGUCUUAUCUCGUGCGGCACAUGAAGAACACAAAUUUACAUCCAGACGCUUCCGAUCCUAACAAAAUUUCAGCCGGAUUUACGAGCAAGACAGGACCCACACCAUCAGAAAUUAAUCCCUUUUGUCAAAUCCGAACAACGUUUCACAUCUCACGUUAAUCGGAUUACGCGGAAAUGCACCCGUUGUCCGAGACUCUUUACGAGCGCGGUAGUCCUGCAAAAGCACAUUACGCAAUGUCACCAGGCGCCAAAAGCAAGGGAAUCACAUGCUUGUGACAUGUGCUCGAAAACAUUUUCCAGAAAGUGGAACUUCCAUCUGCACGUGGAGUUAACCCAUUUUUCCGACAAGACGUCCUGUCCGUACGGAUGUGAAAUCAAGAUUGACUCGGAGGCUGACUGGGUAACGCAUUUGGAGGGGUGUGACUCCCCAAAAAUGAAUACAGAAUCGGAUAACGUCUGCAAAUUUUGCUACGCCGUAUUCCGCAACCCUCUUCUCCGCUUGGAACACCACGUGCGCCAACAUCCCGACAAGGCUUACUUUUGUUCCAUUUGUGGGACUGGACUUACACGCCAAUCCGCCCUUCAGAAGCAUGCAGAUAUUUGUAAAUAUUUGUAAAAGUACUAAUUGUAACACCUUCUUGUAAACAAUAAAACCAACUGGUAAUAAAUAUAUUAGCUCUGUAUGGAGAUAAUUUAA